UUUCCCGCCGCAGAGCACUCUGGGAGGAGUGGCGGAACGCGGAACCGGCGCGCGCUCUGUAAAAACGGAAUGAGCUCCGCGGGUCGAGCUGCACCCCCUGCUCUUGGCCAGUCGGGGUGACAGACGCUCUAUGGGCACCUCGUUGUCCACGCGGAGCGAAAUCGCGCCCCAGGCUUCCUUGAGUCGCGGCGAGACGCGUGGUGACGCCAGGGCGGAGCGCGCCAAUCCCGAGCCGGCGGGAGGGCCGGCUCCUCAGAUUUGAAAUCCGGGCGCUGGUGUGAGGGGACCUCGCGACGCGCGGGGUGCGCUCGGGGCGGGCAGCUGUGGGGCUCGGGCGCCAGCUCGGGGUCGCCCGGCCGUCCUGUGAGAGUCGAGGCGGACAUCAGCGGUCACCUUGGGCCAGACCCUUCCCCCGAGGUUUCUCUGGGUCCUACUGAAGUUCUACCCUGAAAAUUGUGUUUGAAUUUUCUCUUAGAGGAAUUUUGUUGAUACUGGCUUAUCAAGAUGAUUGCAACACCUUUGAAACAUCCGGGAAUUCACUUAUCUUCAGAGGUAUCUUCUCAAAGAAGAAAUAUGCCCAUGGAUGCAGUCUUUUUUGACAGUAUUCCUGCAGGCACACUUACUCCUGUAAAAGAUUUGGUGAAAUAUCAGAAGUCUUCUUUAAAACUGAAAGACCGUAGAAAGAAUCAGUUUCUAGAAAUGACAACUUCUAACAAUAAAAAUGUGUUUCAAUCUACCAUGCUAACAGAGCCUGCCAUCUCUAAUAGUUAUCUUGAUAUCAGCGCUAUAAAACCCAGUAACAGUGGACUAAAAAAUGAAGCAGCCUAUGAAUCACCAGGAAGAGUAUUUCAGAGAAUGAAAGAAAAAGUACUGCGUGACAAACAAGAGCAAGCAGUUAGAAACAGUAGUAUGUUGGAACCACCAAACAGUGAAUACAAUAAACGCUUCACUCCUAACACAGAUGAGAAAAGACCACUGCAGCAUACCUUCCUAUGUGAAGAAAAGGAAAAUAACAGACCGCUCCAAUCAGCUCCUGUCCAAGAAGUUACUCGAGAGUCAUCACUUUUCCUUCCCUUCCAACAAAAGACUCAACACCAGCAGGAAAAGAAAGCACAGCUGCACAAUUUAACUUAUGAACUUCCAGCUGUGAACCAAGAACAUGAACAUGUUUUACCUGCAGGAGUCUCAAACAAAGGCUUAGCUAGAGCUCAGCUGACUCAACAGAUUCCUCACUCAAAAAAGAACAUAGUUGAAAUCCCCAAGUCCAAAAAGGACACAUUUGUUUUAGAAGAUGUUCAUUCUUCCUAUGAGAAAUUGCAAAAUACGGAUGUUGAAACUUCUAGUACUGAUGGUAUUCCUGUUAAAAGUAGUAGUCAGGAAAUAGUUUCUGAUAGUGAUAUGACAACAGGAGGUACUUCACAAGGGGAAAGUGUGGAACAAAACGAAAAAACAGUGUCCACAGAGACCAGUCUUCCCAAUCCCAUGGAAGAAACAUGUAAGAUUGUACUUGCCAGUCCAAGACUAUACUUAACAAUACCUCGGAGGUCAAAAAGAAAUAUUUCAAAGCUUUCUCCUCCAAGUUUAUUUCAAGCUAUUACAGAAGAAGUUAAAAAAAAUAAGGUAAUCCAGCUACAGGAAUGGAUGAUUAAAGUCAUCAAUGAUAACACCGCUAUAUGUGUAGAAGGAAAACUUACAGACAUGACGCAUGUAUACUGGCACAGUAAUGUAAUUGAGGAGCGGAUUAAGCACAAUGAAGUUAGGACUUUAUCAGGCAACAUUUAUAUAUUAAAAGGAUUGAUAGACCAGUUUUCCAUGAAAGAAGCAGGAUAUCCAUAUUAUCUCACAAGAAAAUUCAUGUUUGGAUUUCCCAAAAAUUGGAAAGAGUACAUUGCUGAUUUCCUAGAACAAUUAAGGGCUGAUGAAGGGAAAAGGAAAAAGACCAGAGAAAAACAGAAAACCAUGAGCUCUGUCCCUGCUCUGUCUGUGAAAAAUGGUGCAGAAAACCAAACAGAUGACCUUCAGACGACCAGCACCACUUACGGCCAUGAUUGUGGUAACUUUGAACUGAAAAGUAAUGAGCAAAGAGGGUUGCCUAGAACUACAAAAGUAAAUGUCAGCUCCAGUAAUUAUCAGAGUAAACCACCAGCGAUGCUCCCACAGGACCAAGUACACAAAACUGUUGUCAGUGUAGGAGGCGAUGACUUACCUAAUCAGGAAUUAAUUGGCAAAAGAGAGUGUAAAAAUAUGUCUUCAAAGAAACUCAAAAAUUGUGAAGGAAUAAAUGAAAGGAUAACUAAAAGUCAGAAACAAGUUAAAGGGGGAACUGAAGACUCAAAUGUAUCUAUUGAUAUUUUGACUUCACGGGAACACUUUGCUUUGGCUGAGGAAAGAAAAUACGUGACUAUCAAUCAGAAAGAAGCUUGUAUUUUAGUAACGCCGCUUAAAACUAGAAAGGGGAUAGAGAAAAGAUGCCUGAAGUAUAAUCUGUCCUAUAACAGCGCUAAAGCAACAACAGAUUUUCCAGUGCAAAAGCAUCAAGAAAAACAUGAGCCAGACUCAAAUGAAAGUCCCACCGAUAAGUCCGCAGGGGCUUUAGAAAGCACGUCUGAGUACAGUGUGGAUCAGAAAAGCAACAGCAAGGAAGACUGCACUGAACGUGACUUACUCACUGUCAACCAGAAAAUAAAAAUACCUAACUCCAGAAACAAACACAUGGGCGUUCAAGACUUCAAGAAAAAUAUCAGGCUGCCAUCAAAAUUGAAGAAAAUUGAAGAUCAAGCAGCUGUGCCGUUUUAUAACCGUCAGUCCUCAUCAGAUUUGUCAAGUGAAGAGAGUGAGACCGAAAAGGAAAUUAGAAGGAAAGCAAGAGUUAAGAGACUGAGAGCAAGAAAUAACAAAGAAACAGUUGCUCACCUGAGCAAAAGCCAAAAAAGCACCUCAAGGAAUGUCGUCGUGACUUCGGAAUCUGACACGGAGGAAAGUAAGACGGAGUAUCCCAGCAAACACAAGAAAGCCAGGUCUUCUGCUAAGGAAACGCUUCUGGGAUGCGGUGUCAGGCAUGAGUCUUCAGUUGAGCCAGCGGGAUCUGACAGAACUAGCAAGCAUUCCUUAGGAUGUUUAUCCGGCUCAAAUCAGGAUGAGGAAUGGGAUGAGAAAGAACUGCAGAAACUUCACUGUGCGUUUGCCUCUCUUCCAAAGCACAAACCUGGUUUCUGGUCCGAGGUAGCUCUGGUGGUAGGUUCUCGAACUGCUAAAGAAUGCCAGAAGAAAUACAUAGAAGAUUCUCAAGGAAAAGUAUCUCAGAAAAAUACCACCAAGAGAAAGCAAGCCACUGCCAAAGGCCAAGAUGGUGAGAGAGACAGUGCUAACAAGAUGAAGACCGUUCAGAUAACUGCCAAAGUGGGCACACUUAAAAGGAAGCAACAAAUGAGGGAUUUUCUGGAACAGAUGCCAAAAGAUGACCAUGACGAUUUUUUCAGUGCAACACCUUUGCGUAAUCAGAGAGUACUGUUGCCGAGUUUCUGGGAGAGUCAAAAUGGUGAUGACAUUCUGCCAGCUAUGAACAAAAAUCCAGCAACUCCAUCAUCGGUUAUUUUCCCACUGGCAAAAACUCCUCAGUGUCAGCACGUCAGUCCUGGCAUGCUAGCCUCUGUAAAAAGGAAUGACUGUGAUAAAUACGUUUCUCGUAUUCAAAAAAAUCAUAAAAGUAAUGGUGGCAUGGUCUGGGGCAACAUUAAGAAAAGAAAAGUUGACACUGUUUGUUCAAGCCCAGCAUCAAGAAAAACACUGUUUAACAGAGAUUUAGUAGAAAACUCUGGUAUUGGAAAACUUUUCACUGAUGCUAUAGAAUCUUUAGAUGAAGAAGAGAAAGAUUAUUAUUUUUCAAACUCUGAUUAGACAAAGAAGAGAAAGAUCAUUAUUUUUCAAACUCUUGAUUCUGCAUAGAAAAAUGUGAUUUCCAGGACUUUUACAAAAAGCACAUGGUGUAUUUGUAUCUACUUUAGAAAAUACUUAUGUAUUUUCUUUAUGAUGUAGGUUCAUAUGAAAAUGUGGAUUCCUUUAUCAAAGCUUUUAUGUUUGUUUGCAUGCAAAAUAUUCAUUGCUGCAGCUUACCAAACAUGUAAGGAAAACUGUUUCGUGUGACUAUUUGUAAACAUGGUUUAUAAUAUUAAAAUAUAUAUAGUUAACUCUUACAAGUAUCUAAGUCUGUUUGCUUUAAUAAAGUCAUGUCCUAAAUAAAUUUUUAAAUUUAAAAAAAAAUGUUGCUACUGUAAGGGACAUAGGGAAUGAAGGAAGGUCGGGUUGGUCGCUACUGCAUUCGUGAAAACUUAGCUUUGUCACCCCCAAGUAUUAAAGCCAUAUUUGAUCUAAUGUUUAAAUUACGUACUGUUGAAACUGACAUGCUUCUCUCUUGAUUGUUUUUCUUGAAAUUUGUGAUUGGGCUAUCAAAAUUAUGUAAAUUUAAUCUGUUACUUCAAUAGUUUAUUAAAUAGAACCAGAGAACAGAUUUCUGUUGCAUUUGGUAGCCUUUUACAUAUAUGAACAUAGUUUAAAUUUGGUCUCAAUAGUAAAACAGUUAGGCCAGGCAUGGUGGUAUACACCUGUAAUCACAAGUCUGAGGCCAGCCUGGGCUACAUAGUGAGUUCAAGGCCAAUCUGAACUACGGAAGUGAGACCCUGUCUUAAAAGUCUAAAAAUACAAAAAAAGAUUAGACAUUCAGUUAAUAGAUUCACUAUUAUAAGGAAUCAAGUUAAUGUUAUAGUAAAUGCCCUUUUUCUUUCACUGAGAGCUCCUUUACAAAUAAACUUUUAGCUUAUUCUACCAAUUAUGUUUUUAAAAUUUGACAUAAAAUAUUCUCUCUCUGGUUCUAGUACAUAUUCAUCUACCCUCUCUCUCUAGUUAGAUUGUUCAAAUAAAGUUAGUUUGCUUUUA